CCCGUGAUGGCGGCCGGGGACGGCGGGAAGGCUGCGGUUACGGCUGCCAAAUUGCCCCAUGCUGAGUCCGCCCACGCUGUAGCUGUUAGUGCGCCGUGCACGGUUUGUAGGCUCUUAAAAACAGGCUGUGGGCAGCGAAAUAGCACGAGGAACACUCGAAGGUAAAGCUCAUCGCUGGCAGGAAUCGGGCUACGGAGGCAGCGACGCGAGGCUGCUCGGAUCGCGGUGCGAAGCGUUCCCUUCCUCGGGGCUGCGGUAGGCGGGGCAGAUCCCGAAGGCAUCGUCCUCAGGUAAAGCACAGCCACGGGUCCCCGCCUCCUCCAACAACAACGCCAGUUCUUGUUAAGCUCUUAAAAACCGCGGGGUAUUCCAGAAUAAUUCGUAGACUCGCUCAGGUUGGAAAACACCUUAAAGAUCAACGAGUCCAACCACGUCCUUACCAUAGCACUCUAGCUCUUACAACCCUCUGCUAAACCAUGUCCCCGAGCACCGCAUCCAAACGGUUUUCAAGCACAUCCAGGGAUGUUGACUCAACCUGGUGUAUUCUAUUUAUAAUCAGCUAAUUCACUUGAGUUCUGUAACAGUACGUACUUGGAAACCCCUCUGUGACGAUCAGUUGUACAGCUCCUUUCCAGACAUCACCACGAGACCAACUGCUGCCAAUGAGCGGCGCGGCCACGCGCCUCCUGCAGCCUGCGAGGCACGGCUCGGCUGCGUGGCUGAGCAGCAGCUCCACGCGCUGUGCGAGGCCCCCGAGACUUGUGCUGGGCAUCGAAACCAGCUGCGAUGACACGGGCGCGGCGGUGCUGGACGAGGCGGGCAGGGUGCUGGGAGAAGCGCUGCAGAGCCAAAAGGAGGUGCACCUGAAAGCAGGUGGAAUAAUUCCUCAUGUAGCACAACAGCUUCACAGAGAAAACAUCCAGCAAGUAGUAAAGGAAGCGCUUAGUGCCAGUGGAGUUUCUGUAGAUGAACUUGCUGCUAUUGCAACUACAGUGAAACCAGGACUUGCGCUGAGCCUGGAGGUGGGACUGCAGUACAGCUUACAGCUGGUGGACAGAUACCAGAAGCCUUUCAUACCCAUUCAUCACAUGGAGGCUCAUGCACUUACCAUCAGACUGACAGAGCAAGUGGAAUUUCCCUUCUUAGUUCUUUUACUCUCCGGAGGUCACUGCAUCUUGGCAGUAGCACGAGGAGUUUCAGAUUUCCUUCUGCUUGGACAGACCAUAGAUAUAGCACCAGGUGAUAUGCUGGAUAAGGUAGCAAGAAGGCUCUCUUUAAUAAAGCACCCAGAGUGCCACGGCAUGGCUGGGGGGAAGGCAAUAGAGCACCUAGCUCAAACUGGAGACUGGCAAAGGUACACAUUCAGACUUCCCAUGCAGCAGUAUCGUAACUGUCAUUUUUCUUUUUCUGGACUUCAGAGCCUUGUCAACAAAUCCAUUAUUCAGAAAGAAAAAGAAGAAGGUAUUCAAGAGGGUGAACUCCUAUCCUGCGUUAAGGACAUUGCUGCAGCUGUACAGCAUGUAGUGGCUGCUCAUAUUAUCCAGCGGACACACCGAGCCAUGCUUUUCUGCUUAAAAAAUAGCAUUUUACUACCAAGAACUGCAACUCUGGUCGUAUCAGGAGGGGUUGCAAGUAAUCAGUAUAUCAGAAAAGGCCUGCAAACUCUGGCAAGUGCAAAUGGUUUUGCUUUUCUGUCUCCUCCUCCAAGACUGUGCACCGAUAAUGGUGUUAUGAUUGCAUGGAAUGGCAUUGAAAGGUUGCACGCAGGAUGUGGUGUUUUGUACAGUACUGAUGGCAUCCGCUAUGAACCAAAAGCUCCCCUUGGAAUUGAUAUUUCAAGAAGAGUUGAAGAGGAUUCCAUCAAAGUGCCAAGACUAAAGAAGAUACAAUGGUCAGCAUGUGAAGCACAUAAGUAAUACAAUAAAUGCAGCUAAAACUUGUUCACUGCAACAGCACUGAGACAGUUUUCAUGUACUGACUUUAUGUGGCUUACAAGUGUUGAAGUAACAUCCACCAGAGAAAUAAAAACAUCUCCACGUAGUAGCUGUGCCAAUA